CAAUGACGUCAUGUCCCGCUAGACGCACUCGACGCUGGCCCUGAAGCCAUUGUAGACUGCGGUGGGAAAAGAAACGUAUAAGGAAGACGGGAUUUCUGUAACGGAAACAAAUCUAAUUCAGCUGCUGUUCUCUCGAAGGUGAUUGCUGAGAGAUGAAUCCAGACCAGCCGCCCCCAUACCCAGGCCCGUCCGCUCCGGUCUACCCCGCCCAGGGCCAGCCUCCUCAGGGCUACCCGCCUCAGAGUUAUCCUCCGCAGGCGUACCCUGUAAACAUGCAGCAGCCUAAUCCAAAUUACCCAAACUACCCACCUGGACCAAUGGGAGCCGGAGGUCCCUAUCCAGGGCCAGGACAGCCGCCUUAUCAGGGAUAUGCUGGACAACCCCAAUACGGCUGGCAGGGUGGACCCCCACCCGGACCCAUGUAUGGAGAACCUCCUAAAAACACGGUGUACAUGGUGGAGGACAGAAGAAGAGACAACUCUUCGGAGACGUGCCUGACAGCCUGCUGGACAGCCCUUUGUUGCUGCUGUCUCUGGGACAUGCUGACAUAAUAUUUCUCCGCACCUUUAUUCCGCUCUCGAUUUUCUGUGUGCCUCAAAACACUCGCGUCCCUCCUCCCCGGUUGGCCUUAAAUCUUGUGUCCCUUCUUAAUCUUGCCUUCGUUUCCUUCAACACGGUGCCUCGAACGCACACUCCGUAUCCCACUUAAUGUCAAUGUGAAGUCGUCGGCACCGUCUGACUGAGUGACCGACCGGCAUCAGGGGCAGCUUUGUAGCAGCAGAGCUUCAUUACCUACCCCGAGCAUACAUUUACAGCGAAAACAGCUUCCGUUUGGUUUUGGAUUGUUUUGCCUAUUGAUGACGACAUGUCAAAAACAAUCAUCACAUGCACGCUAGGCUAGUUAGUUGAUGUCACUUAAAGUAAAGAAUGACGCGCACAAUGGCAGAGCAGCAAUUUGGCCUUCAGGUCUUCAACAAAACCUUCACAUCAAUACACGCACUCUUUGUUGGAGAAGCAUGAUAAGCGCACAACCAGUCCUCUUGCUCGACCCAUGUUGUUUUUGGUUGUGACCUACUGAAUGAACACUGACAUGCACGCACGCCCUUGUUUUAACCGACAACCAUCUUGACUAUUUAUGCUGAAACAAUAACUUCCACUUGGAAGUGUUUUUGAAAGGUUUGCGCUUGCAGGCCCGGGAAAAGUCAAAACACUGUCUAUUUACUGCUCAGAAUGGCGUUGUGUAAAUAGCACCUCGUCGCCGUCUUUGUGCAAUCGCACCACGUAACGUGAAAGAAUGCGCAAAGAAACUCGAACACAGACACGCAGCUUCUGUUGCGCUCAGGCUCAUCUCAUGUAAGGGUCUCAAGCACUUUAUGAUGAUUACCUCUGCUUUUAUGUUCCUACUCCCGUCUGCUCUCCUCACCUCCUGCGAGCUGCCUUUUUGCUUUCUUGACUAUGUUGCUUCAUGUUGAUCCUUCGUUGUCCCAUAAACCUGCGAGUCACAUUCUACCAGUGAGCUGGAGGGUGGUCUCUUUAGGAGCUGACAAUGGGAAUGUUUUUCCUUCUGAGUUGCACAUUGUCUUCAAGUAAAAUCAAAGAACUAAUACAAUUCACGCUUCCUUACUUUUACCAGGUUGGCUUUUAAUAAUCACAAUUCUUUUCUCAACGCGAUCUGUGUCAUUAAAAAAAUAAUAAUACGCGAGGGACGCAACUGAAAAUGAGAAACAAUGCUGUGAUCAAUAAGACGAAUGACCCUUUACAUGCCUGUUUGCUUUAAAUGAAAAUCUUAUAUUAAAAUAAUUUUUUUCCCAUCA